AGCUUAAUCCCAAAGGAGUUCCCAGGGUUCUUCAGUCCAGGUUCAGUCUUCCUCUGGCAUUGGUGUGUGUUCCUUCCUCUCCAGCCAAAACAACCAAGUUUAAGAUCACUGUGGACACCAACCAGCCACCAGUGGACCUCAACUCCAUCUUCCCAGAGUUUUCAGCAAAAUCAGCAGAUAAGGAUGGGAAUAGUUUGGCUUUCCAGUUCCUGUCAGGAGCCAAGGUUACUGUGCUGGCUUCUAAGACCUCCCAGCGUUACCGUAUUCAGAGUGACAGUUUUGAGGACAUGUGGUUGGUGGUGAAAGAGUUGGUCCAGAGAUUCGACCGGCAUUUCUCCAAACUGGGAGUCAAAGACUUCAAGAAAAGCUUCAGUGGGCCGCUACCGCUGCAGGAGUACUUCCUGUCUCUGGACCACCACUUCCAGCUGCGUGUCAGUGGUCAGCAGUACCAGGAUCUGCUGUCAGAGCGGGCUGUCCAAUUCAGAGCCAUCCAGCGUCGCCUGCUGACUCGAUUCAAAGACAAAACCCCGGCACCCCUUCAGAACCUGGACACAUUGCUGGACGCCACUUAUAGCCAGGUCAGACACACACACACAGAGUCACAUAGUUCUGCUGGGAGACUGGGGUGCUCACAUGGGUAAUGAUGGCUGAUUGGA